AUGCAAGAUCGUACGGCCAUGGAUGAAAUACCAGGGUCUGUGGGGACCUGUGCCAGUUUUGCUCUGAGAUUGGGACAGACCGUCUUCUCUUGUGCUUCUCUUCUGUUCAUGUCUCUGGGUGUUGAGUUCUACAGCUAUACUGCCUUCUGGUAUUUUUCUUCAAUUCUUGAUCACAUUCUCAUUUUGAUGCAUCUGAGAUAUGUCUUCUUGGUAACAGUCAUGGGUUUGAUCAUUCCAUGGAGUUCCACUUUGGCAUUGAUCGAUGCAUACUCCGUCCUUGUUAAAUGUCCUAUUCGUCAGCCGGGAAUAGUCCUGAUCAUCGUCGUAGGAGAUUGGGUCUUGACAGUUCUCACACUAGCUGCAGCCUGCUCAACAGCUGGUGUAGUGGAUAUUCUGCUCAGAGCGGACAAAUCUUAUUGCCCUCAAAAGUUUUGCAGUAGAUAUCAGAUCUCUGCCGCAAUGGCCUUCUUGUCAUGGUUUCUGUCUCUGGCUUCCUCUCUUUUCAAUCUUUGGCUACUUCCUUCAUUGUGA